AUGACCUCUCAAUCUGACUAUGUCCUUGCUACAGCUGCCGGGUUGCAUGGGACCAAGGCCCAGAUGCGGAAGCAGAACAAGAAGCAUCUGAGGUCGACUCUUGCACUGUAUUCUCCUUGUCCAUCCCGGAGCCGUUGGUACCAACCUCAUCAUCAAGGUCACAAAGUCACAGCACCGAUCUUAUGCACACAACGAGCAUUGGCCGGAGCCUGGAUCCAAGUGUGUAAGCCCCGAGAGGGUAGUGAAUGUGAAAAGCCUCACUACCUGGUUCAGCCCUUGGAUCCAGUACACACAGCACUUGGUCCGUUUCCGGAGCUUUAUGCUAUCGAGGAGGAGUUGAAACCUGUCUCCCGCUACUCUACUACUCAACCAGUUGUCCAACACGGCCUCAGCGGCUCUCGGGCCAUGAGGACUGUUUUCCCCGUCUUAAUAGACCUGACACUAGAUGAUAACGACGACUAUGUUAAGAAGCUUAGUCUAGUAAUUUGGCUAAAGAGUCAAAAAGAGCCUAUCGAAGUUGUCGUUAAUUGUAAGUCGGAGGGACUUCGAAUGGAGGACCAUAAAAGGACCUUGGGUGAUAAGGGUGUGGAGAAAAUACCUUUGGAAUAUUAUUCCACAGUCGAGCAUCGAUGGACAGCAUUAAUUUGGUCAGACAUAACUCCUGUGUUUGAUCAAGGGUUAGUGUUAAUCCGGCAACUGGGCCUGAAGUUGGCGUGUUUGGAAAUCCACUAG